GCAAACUUUGGACUUCAUCUCUUAGUUUACCAUCUCCAAAUGUCCUUCUGUCCACAUCUCCAAGCAUCUCUACACAUCUCUUUCAGCUCCGGCUUCUCUUGAAGUACUCCAGUGAACUAAUUAAGACACACCCAGAAUGGGCAGGGUCACCGCUCUAUGGAAAUAAAGUCUCAGCCACAGUUCGUUUCGCAGCUAGAAUGAAGCAAGUCAACUUGUCCUUCGCGGCCUGUGGCUUUCUGGGCAUCUACCACUUGGGGGCCGCGUCUGCACUCCGCAGACACGGCAGAAAGCUCCUGAGAGCCACCCAGGCCUUCGCCGGCGCUUCUGCGGGAUCCUUGGUGGCUUCUGUCCUGCUAACCACGCCAGAAAAAAUAGAGGAAUGUACUGAAUUUACGUACAAGUUGGCUGAAGAAACUAGAAGGUUGUCUUUUGGUGCAGUAACACCCGGUUAUGACUUCAUGGCCCAACUGAGAGGAGGAAUGGAGACGGUUCUCCCCACCAACGCCCAUGAACUAGCCCAGAAUCGACUACACGUGUCCAUCACCAACACCAAGACCAGAAAAAACCACCUGGUCUCGCACUUUUCCUCCAGGGAAGUCCUCAUUAAGGUUGACAUGUGGACAGAAGUUGAUAGAAGAUCUUCAGAACCAGGAGGUCUUCUGGCUUCCAGGCAACUACUUGAAUUGAGACGAGUGACUCUAUUGAAUGCAAUUUGCUCCUGGAGUAUCCCAGAGCAGGGUUCAAUAUUUGGGCCAAAACAAACUCAUGCCCAGCUGUGCUCCAAACACUUGGAUUGACAUCAGGGAGCUCUGUCCAGCAACAGCACACACGGAUUUUCUAGGGCGUUUCCAAACUAAAACUGAUCUGCAGGCGUCAGUGUGUUUCAAGGUCAGCAGAUCAGCAUAUUCAAUUCUGCCUGCAAUGUGAAUCCCCUUUCCAUGUCAGGUUUCAUAUGAGCAGGUUCUGGGGUGAGGACACAGAUGGCUUUAUUCUGCUUCCAACAGCAUCCAUCUAAUUCCUUUAUUUCAUGAAUUUAGAAACUGGAGAACACAGAGUUUGUGACUGAUAUUUAAGUUAUCUUUGACUACUGAUCGAAUACCUAUGAUGGUUUGAAGCUGUAUCAUGUUCUUUUACUCCAUUCCUGUAGGUGUAGACCUAUUGUAGGUGGGACAUUCUGAUUAGAUUAUUCCAAUUAAGAUGUGACCCA